AUGGGGUUAGAUUGCCUGACACUGAAUCAUGUUCUAGGUUUCAUGAAUAGGGCUUCGCCUCUCGUCAGCGCGAUUUUUGUGUUUUCUUGUAGAGCUAAAGCCACCGGGCUCCAAAUGACGUUUGUUGGAAUGGCUAAACACAUUGCAAUGAACAAUGAUGUGUUGUCUGAGAUUCUGUUGUGUCUGCCUGUACCAUCCCUCUUGAGAUUCCGAGCUGUCUGCAAAACUUGGGGCAAUAUCAUCGAUUCACAGCCUUUCCAAAAACUGCACACUCACAACAACGACAAAUCAGACGACAUGGUCCAUCUACAACUUACUCAUUCCAAUGAACAAGACAAGCUAUGUCUGCAAGUCACUUUUCCCAAUCUUGUAAAUCGAGUGCAAAAGGAACUGUCGAUAAAGCUUCAAUGCGAUCGGAAGUCACUUAUGUUAGUUGACGCAGUUAAGGGUCUAAUCUGCAUUAACCCAACUAUGUUUCAGGUGCCCGUAGCCAUAUGCAACCCGUUUCUAGGCAAACUCAAACUUCUCCCACUUAAAGCAUCUUCCCCUUCCAAAUGCUCGUACACAAUGUACAGGCGCAAGGUUGCAAUUGGUUUCGACGAAGACUACAAAGUAGUGCAGCUGCUGUCAUGUGGCCAACACCGCUAUUUCCAUGCCCAAGUGUUCUCAAAAAGUACGGAUUCUUGGAGGGAGUUGGCGGACAUCGUUAUUGAAGAUCUAGCUAUUGACUUAGUUGUUCCCAUUAAAUCCGGGUGCAAGAAUGGCUACUUUGUUCACUGGUACGCAUAUCUGCGAAAGGUUGGAGGAGAUGUUGAGCGGAAGAUAUUAAGCUUCGAUAUGAAGAAUGAAGUGUUUCGGGAAAUCACACUGCCUGUGGGUUACCCUUACAUUCAUCUUGUUAUUGUUAGAGGCAAGGCCCUCCGCGUCCACACAGUCUCUCAUAUUUUUGCCGAAGAUGAGCACUCGUUUCGUCUCUUUGAUUUCCUGACUUGUGGAAGUGAUAACUUAGUGAAGAUUUAUGAAUCGAGAUGUGCAGGAAGUGAACUGAGUUGGAAACAUGUGAUGAACGUACGAGUACCCCUCUCGGGCUCUGAGGUACCUCUCUGCAGGACUUGUUGUGUGUUUUUUAUGCAUCAAUCCGGUGUGUUUGUGUAUGAUUAUAGUGCACGCAAAUUCAUCUGCAAGCAUUCCGUCUCGGAAGUUAUUUGCAUGGAUGAGAUUGUUGAAUAUAGAGGAAGCUUCAUUUCAGUCUAG